CCUCCACUGUUUGCAGAUCUCUCGAUUCCCAUUUUCGUCAAAACUCAAAAGUUUCGGGUUUUUCUGAGCCAUGUUGCUGAAAGCUGCUCCAGCAUUUUCUUUGUUAAAUCCUCAAGAGGGUCCACUGUUUUCCUCUCUUUCUUCAUCUCAAGCCUCUCUUUUCCAUUCCUUUUCUUCUUCGAUUCAUCGGCUUUCUUCUCCAGGAAAUGGAAUUGGGUAUGUCGUAGUUUGUGCAACCAAAGGGGCCAACCACAAGCCGCUCACUGGUGUUGUUUUCGAACCCUUCAAGGAAGUGAAGAAGGAGCUUGAUCUUGUACCCACCGCCCCUCAAGUUUCUCUGGCUCGCCAAAAGUUCACCGAUGACUGUGAAGCUUCAAUCAACGAAAAAAUCAAUGUGGAAUACAAUGUUUCGUAUGUAUAUCAUGCUAUGUUCGCCUACUUCGAUAGGGACAACGUUGCACUCAAGGGUCUUGCCAAGUUCUUCAAGGAAUUGAGUUUAGAAGAAAGAGAGCAUGCAGAGAAAUUGAUGGAAUACCAGAAUAAACGAGGUGGAAAAGUGAAGCUGCAGCCCAUAUUGAUGCCCCUCUCUGAGUUUGAUCAUGCAGAUAAAGGAGAUGCAUUUUAUGCAAUGGAGCUUGCCUUGUCCCUGGAGAAACUAAAAAAUGAAAAGCUCUUGAACCUGCAUAGUGUAACUGUGCUGAACCAUGACGUGCAGUUGACAGAAUUUAUCGAACGGGAAUACUUAGCUGAGCAGGUGGAGGCCAUCAAGAAAAUAUCAGAAUAUGUGGCUCAGUUAAGAAGAGUUGGAAAAGGACAUGGGGUGUGGAAGCUAUUGCAUGAGCAAGCUCCAUUCCAUAUCAGAAGUUGUUUCUUUAAGGUGUUUGUUGAGUCAUUUUGGUUGCAAGUUGUAGGUUGUAUAAACUGUGUCGAGGUUUGGGUUGUAAGUAGUUCAUAAGGGAUAUUUUAAAUAGUCUUUUAAUCAAAGUAGAUUCAUGGAUUUCCUGUCUAAGGUAUUAUAUUGCCUGCAGCAUCAGUGCAAUUCCAGAGAAGUCUGGCUUGAGAUUUUUUCUACCUAAUCAAAGGUAGGGGAUGAACUUGAGGUUGUAACUUGUAAGUAAGA